GUAGACCUUCUCGGCGCUUCGCAGGAACUGGAAGGCCUUGAAUGAGAAGCGAGCGUAGCGGGCGGAGCCACUGGCGUAGGACUGAUAGGUGUUGUCGACAGGACACCUGCGCAGAGACACAGACCACAGGAUGUGCCUGCUAGAGUCAACAAGAAUCGGGGGGACACUGGGGGAGUCCGUCAGAAGCAUUGAUCAGCGAGGCCCGAGUCCCGGCUGUUAAUCAGUAACCGGCAGCUUUAAAGUCCGGGAGGGCAGCGAGCGGGUCUUCAUUCUGCAGCACCAAGGCACGUGAAAAUGCAGCCUGGUCCUCUGCUGCUCGUCCUCCUGUGCUGCUGCCUCUCAGGAGGCGGAGCCAACCGCGUCUACAUCCAUCCUUUCCAUCUCUUCGCCGCCGACAACGUCAGCUGCGAGACCCUCCAGAACCACACCUUCAAGCCCCUGGAGAGCGUCUCCGUGGCGCCUCUGGACAUGGCGGUCCUGACGCCGGACCAGCGGGGUCCGUCCGAGCGGGACAACGUGACGCAGGACGUGACGCAGAGGACGGCGGUGCUGGCGGAGCUGCUCAACUCCUUGGGUUUGAGGAUGUACCAGGCGCUCAGCGGCAAGCAGCCAGCAGCCAACACGCUCUUCUCACCUGUCAACACCUACGGCUCCCUCGUCACCUUUGACAUGGGCGCCUCCAAGAAGACCGCUCGCUCCUUCCAGGACCUCCUGGGCCUGAGCAGCGGCACGGACCGAGAGGACUGCGUCUCCCUGGUGGACGGAGGCAUGGUCCUGAAGACCCUCCACAGCAUCAACCAGCAGCCCCAAGACCACAUCUCAGCCCAAGCCUGGCUCUUCACCCGGCCGCACGUGCGCCUGUCCCAGGACGUGGUCCAGGGCGCCGGCGACUUCUCCCACUCCUCUUUCGUCCGCGCCGUGGACUUCUCCCAGCCCGGGGAGCACCUGCAGCGGGUCAACACUUUUGUGGACAAGACGUCCCACGGGAGAGUGAAGGAGGCCUUCAGAGACGUGGACGUGAAGUUCAACCUCCUGUUCCUCACCUCCUUCCACUUCCAAGCCAACUUCCCCUCCCAGAAGACGUCCUUGCAGGAGUUCCACGUGAACCACACGACCACCGUGAUGACGCCCAUGAUGACGCACGUCGGCCUCCACCGCUACUUCCACGACAAGGUGAGGGGCUGCACGGUCAUCAAACUGGCUCUGAGCGAGCGCUCCUACAUGUUGGUGGUGCUACCUGACCACGGCGUCAACCUCCACGACAUCCAAGCUAAGCUGCGCACCGACGUCAUCGCUUCAUGGAAAGGAAACCUCCACCAGGGGUUGUUGGAGUUGUCCCUGCCCAAGUUGUCCAUGUCUUCAGUGAACGACGUCCGCCAUCUUUUAGCCAACAUGGACCCAGAAGUGGAAUCCAGACUUUUGGGCUCCCAGGCUGAGUUCAGCCAGCUGGCCAACUCUGACACCUUCACCCUGGACAAGGCCAUCAACGCUGUGUCCUUGGAGAUGUCGGAGGAAGAAGCAGUGCGGCGGGACAAGAUGGAGGAAGAAGCCCUGCAGGACAAGACGGAGGAAGAAGCCCUGCAGGACAAGAUGGAGCAAGACCCCCUGCAAGUGAGGAUCAACAGACCCUUCUUCUUCUCCGUGAUGGACGCAGACUGUGACGCCAUGUUCUUGUUGGGCAAAAUCAGCACGCCCACUUUGUGAAGAGUUCACUCUCCGUCCUUUUAGGAUCUUUGUCAGUAUUUAUGGAGAAGAUCUCAGCCUUAGUUUCUCUUCCUUUGUACAUUAAGAGUUUAUUUUUGCUUCCUGACAACUUGGAAUAAAUGUUUCUCAAUCCA